CCACAGCCCAACCCACCCCCGCCGUCCCCACCACCAGGCCAGGGUUUAUCCCGCCGCCGCCUCCUAAACCCACCUCGCCUCCGCCCCGCCGCCUUCCAGAACAGCUCCCACAACCGUCGUGCGUCGGCGGGGGGCGCCCAACCAGCCAUGUGGGUUCUCCGGGGCCUCCUCCGGGCAGCCUCGCCGUCGCUCCGCCGCAGCUCCGGGCGCUUCGCCGCGAGGGGCGAGGCGGUGGCCGCGGGCUCUGCUCCGGCGCCCGCGGGGCUGCUGGCGGUGGGAGCGGGAGCAGACGGCGCGUGGCGGCGGGCGAUGUCGACCAAGGGGAGGAGCAUGCGGAGCAAGGUGGAGAAGCGGAUGGCGAGGGAGACCGGCCGCACGCAGCGUGAGCUCCGCCGCGCCGUCAAGCUCAGGAAGAAGCUCAUGACGGAGGACGAGAAGCUCAUCUACAACCUGCGCAGGGCCAAGAAAAAGGUUGCUUUGCUCCUACAGAAGCUCAAGAAGUAUGAGCUACCAGACUUACCAGCUCCUCGUCAUGAUCCUGAGCUGUUAACGGCAGAGCAACUACAAGCUUACAAGAAGAUUGGAUUCAGAAAUAGAAACUAUGUCCCUGUUGGAGUUCGUGGAGUCUUUGGAGGUGUUGUUCAAAACAUGCAUAUGCACUGGAAAUUCCACGAGACAGUGCAAGUUUGUUGUGACAACUUCCCAAAGGAAAAAAUUAAGGAAAUGGCAGCAAUGCUGACAAGAUUGAGUGGUGGAAUAGUGAUCAACAUUCAUAAUACCAAAACAAUCAUCAUGUUUCGAGGAAGAAACUACCGUCAACCGAAGAACCUUAUACCUUUCAACACACUUACCAAAAGGAAGGCAUUAUUCAAGGCUAGAUUUGAACAAGCACUUGAAUCGCAGAAAUUAAACAUCAAGAAAAUAGAAACUCAACUCCGUCGUAAGGGUAUCAACCCAGAGGACCCAGUUGCUAUGGCCAGCAUCCAGCGUGUUGCCUCUACGUUCUUCCGAGCCAUAGAUGAGCAGCAAGGUACUCCCUACAUUUUCCGUGGGGAUGCACAACCUUCUGCUGGGACUUCUGAAAUAAAAGAACCACGUGAUGAACCAUCUGAAGAUAGUGACCAGGAGGAGCUUGACAGGUUCAUUUCAGAGAUAGAAAGUGCAGCAGAGAAGCAAUGGGAGGAAGAAGAGGCCGCAGAGAAAGAAGAAUCUUCAAGAAUGCGAUAUUGGGAGAGGGAAGAUGUAGGUGAUCGGAGGGGUUUCAACAGAAGUUAUGAAAACUCAGAUUAUGAGGAUAGAGGACAGGGAAGAUAUAGGAGAGAGCAUGACAACAACAGAAGGACUUCAGAUGCAAGGAGGUGGGAUGAUGAUAGCGAGUUCGAGGCAUCAGGUGAAGAAUGGGACUCUGGUGAUGACAGGGGUAAUGCUCUGGGCUUCGACAAGGAUAGAGAUUCUACUGAUGAGCAUCCUCGACGAUUUGGAAGCACGAGGAAUGAGAAGAGCAGAUCCAGUCGGACACAGGAUUUUGUUCCUAGGGGAGACGUGGGCAAGGGGAAGGGUUUCAAUAGAAGCUAUGGCAACUCAGAUGUUCACGAUAGAGGCCAGGGAAGACAUAGGAGAGAUAAUAACAACAACGAAAGAACUUCAGAUGCAAGGAGGUGGGAUGAUGAUAGUGAGAUCGAGGUAUCAGGUGAAGAAUGGGACUCUGGUGACGACAGUGAUAAUGUUCUUGGCCUAGACAAUGAUAUAGACACCACUGAUGUUCAUCCUCGACAAUUCAAAAGUACGAGGAAUGAGAAGAGCAGAUCCAGUGGCAGGCAGAGUUCCAUUCCUGGGGGAUUCAGAGGUUCCAAUCGGAUUCCAGGGAAUUCAGUCGAUGCUUCUGAUGGCACUAUGUUCAGAGGCAGCAACAGUGACGAGUUAGACACCGAAGAUGAUGAUCUGUGGGACUCGGAUUACAAGGGGGGAGAAACGAACUCAGGAGCCCCAAAGGUGAAUUUCCCAAAUUUCCACAGCAGUAGUGAGGACAGUGAUGACAACAGGAAAAGCGAUGGCAAGAUUGGUAAAAUGAAGAAAAAUACUGAUGAAAGUUGGGAUAGUGACUGAGAACUCAAGAAAGAGUAAUGUUGAUGUGAUGCAUGAAGGUGAGCUCCAAUGAUUGUCAAUUCUUUCAUUGGCCGUAUCACUCAUGUAUUUGUCCAAUGGAAAUCUUGAGGAGCUAGAAGAAUAAACAUGAUUUUCCAUGAGAACUACUGUCUGAACGUUUGAUCGUUUUCAGACGUCUUUUGUUCCAGUUGUCAUAGUAUAACCUGAAAAAUUGGCAGAAAUCAAAGUUCAAAGCCAGAAUACUGCAUGACUCGCACAAGCCGAUCGAGGACAAAGUGGCGGAUGUAGUCGGAGUUCAUUGUUGAGAAAAUUAGCAGAUCGAGGUUCCUGAAGGUCUCAGAUAUGUAACUCUUCGAUCACAUUUGUUAAUUGUCAUAUUCAUGAAAUUUUGAUGUGAACCACAAAACAUGCACAUAGAUUUAUCUGAAAGAGUGAAAGGUCAUGUGUAUCUUGCGUGACAGAGUUAAGACUCAUUUUCGGUAAAUUGUCCGAGAUGCACGUUCUUCUCUACUGUGAAACUUUUACUUUAUUUUAAUAUCGUGUUUUU